AUGGCCUCUUUGUUUCAAAUGGACCGGGUGCUCUACCAGUGUGGAUGCGAGGAGUGGUGGCCUCUUUGUAACCUCUAUUUUUGUCGUCACUGCUCCAUUCUUCGGUGCAUAUCCUGCAGUUUGAAUGAAAUCGAUUCAACCUUCUGCCCGAAUUGCUUAGAGAACAUUCCAGCUGGUGAAGCUCGAGUGAAGAAGAAUAGAUGCAUCAAUUGCAAUCAGUGCCCAGUAUGCUCCAUGGUAUUGACAACAAGAGCAGUUGGCGAGUCUUGCCAUCUAAUGUGCUCAACGUGCCGAUGGUCAACAAGAGACUCAGGCACACCCGAUCAGCCAUCCAGCAUAAACUGGCCAGUACAUGAAAGUACUUUGGACAAAGAGCUCAGUGAAGUUUUGGAGAGGAUGCGUGUUCUGGCUGCAGCAGAAAAGGCUCAACGAGAUCAAGUGAAGUUAAAUAAAAGAAGAUCUCACAAUGUGGGUAGUCUCUUGACAGACCGUUAUGGGCUGCAAGCUAUCUAUCAGAAACGCAAGAAAACAUUCGAGAAGCCUUUGCCACAGUUGCCGUUGCACCUUUCUCUGAGAGCUCCUAUUCCCGAACUUGAUCUGACCCCUAUAUUGAUGAUUCAAUCUGAGACUGUCACCGCCUUGAAAUCCAAGUACUUCGGCAGCGCUCCUGCCGGUCGCCACUACUCCUGUCAGGAUCCUGAGCAGCGACAGUUCGAUUUCCGCGAAAAUAUUCUUUCAUUCCAGUAUUUUGCUCGUAAUUUCGUCCCAGAGAUCCGCCUUUCACGGGAACCAGAGCUAUGUGAAGGCCAGGCUGGGUCCGUCCUUCUCACCGUGGCUAAUGAAAGCAAUUCGAAGGCUGAUGUGAUCAUAAUGGCAGAUAACGACGAUGGAAAAAUUGAAUGUCUCACACCUGUGGUUGAACUCUGCCUUCCGUCUUCUGAUGACACCGCCGACAUUUAUGAUAUGGAAAGCGACCGACGCAGUACUUCUGACGUACUCGGAACCGUCGUUUUUCGUAGAAGACAUCGUGCCGGUGUACGAUUAGAGGUAAAAUGUGGAGAUGCCUCCUCGAAAAAGGUCCUUACACUUCUGGUCAAGUACAGAAACGAACAGUGCUCUAUGCAAAUGAAUACAGAACCUGAAUGGAGAUUGACUCGUGUGCAAAUUUCUCUGUGA